AAAAUGGAAGAUGAAGAUUUCAAAGCUCAAGAUCCAGUGACACCCUCAAAGCCUAGUAACGAAACACCAGUUCUUCGAACGCCACAGGGUGGUGUUCUUUACAAUCCUUUUCAAAAAGACUAUGUCUCACGUUUAAGUGCACCAACUCUUACACCUGGUAUUUUUGCAACUCCCAAAAAACGAGCCAAUGAAGAUGUUCCUGGACCAUCCGGAUCUUUUUUCUCUCCCGAAAUUCAGGGAGACCAUUUCCCAACGGAAAUUGACGAAAAUCCCAUUUAUCAAGUUAAACUCCAACAGAGGCUUGAUGCGGCUGUGGAUAAAACUGCUCAGGAAAAGAUAGCCAAAUAUUUUAAAACCAACGUAGUUGCGCCCAGUCCGGGCUUCUCAAGCUAUGAUGGCAGACCAGAGUUAAGAAAAUGUUCUACGUGGAAGAAUGAUCUGAGGUCGGCUUUUGAAUUCAACAAACCUAAAGUACUUAAACCCACCCAAGUAAUCGAUGCUCAGACUCAGACUAGCCUUUCAAUAGCCGCACAGGUUGAUUUUGCCGAUCUCUUGAAGAGAAUUGAACAGCUUGAAGAAUUUAAGCGCAUCUAUGGGGAUAAUUUCUUUAAAAAAUCCGGGGUAGAAUUUAUUCAGCCUGUUGGAGAACAGCUUGGUCUAUCCUAUGAUCUCCACCCCAAUGCCACUUGCUCAUACUGUCAUCGAAAGAGUCGCAGUUUUUACGGAUCUGCCAGUGUCAGUGGGGAUUUUUCUCGAGACGAAACAAUCAGGAAUACCACAAAUUCCUCCAACGAUACACUCAACAUUAAAUCUGAUAUCACCUCCUUCCAAGACGAGUUUGCUCUGCCCUUCAGCUUUAUGACUGAGUCGGUGUGCUCACCCAAGCCCAAAGCCAGAUCUAGCAGUUCUCGAACCAAUUUGACAAGUUGUUUUAAUGAAAUCGCCCUCGAAAGCCGGACCCCAACUGCACACAAAUUUGAUCGUUUUGAAUCGGUGAGCCCACUUGUUGGCGGUCGAACUAGUUACGAAGCGGAGAGAAGUUAUCGACGCUUUAGCGGCGCUUUUAAUUUUGAAGAGGAAGAUUCAGGUGCACCAUUUGGCCAAGUUGUUUGCUUUGACGACGAGGAAAGCACACGGGACUCGCCAAAUAAUAAGGAGAACUCGGAGGCCGCCGACCAAUCGUCGAGUAGAAAACGCCACAUGGAAAGUCCCAACCUCUCUCCCAUUUUCGCACGUCGUCGCAAGUGCGAUUUCGAUGAUACCAAUGACGUACCAAUGGAUAAAAAACUUCAAACUCGAUUGUUUGAUAGUCCCGACAGUAAUCAGUAG